AUGAAUGAAAUGAAUCAUUCCGUGAUAUAUGAAUUUGUGUUCCUGGGGAUCUCUAGUUCAUGGGCUGUGCAGUUUUUCCUUCUGAUAUUCUCUUUCAUGUUCUAUGUGACCAUUGUGUUGGGAAACUUCUUCAUUGUGCUCACAGUCAUCUCUGAUCCUCACUUACAUUCGCCCAUGUAUUUUCUGUUGGCUAACCUCUCUCUCAUAGAUGUGUGCAUUUCUUCUGUUGCUGUUCCUAAGAUGAUUUAUGACCUUUUUCAUGAGCACAAAGCCAUAUCAUUUCCAGGUUGUCUUAUCCAGAUAUUCUUCAUUCAUUUCUUUGGAGGAAUUGAGAUGGUGCUGCUCAUUUCUAUGGCCUUUGACAGAUAUAUUGCCAUAUGUAAGCCUCUUCAUUACCUGACUAUUUUGAACCCAAGAAUGUGUAUUUUACUUCUUGUGGCUUCUUGGGUCAUUGCCCUCAUACAUUCACUGACUCAGUUGGCUUUUGUGAUAAAUUUGCCUUUCUGUGGCCCUAAUGAAAUUGACAGUUUUUAUUGUGAUCUUCCUCGGUUCAUCAGACUGGCCUGUGCAGAUACCUACAAAUUGGAGUUCAUGGUCACUGCUAAUAGUGGUUUCAUUUCCAUUGGCACCUUAUUCCUAUUGGCCAUUUCCUAUGUAUAUAUUUUGGUCACUGUUCAGAAACAUUCUUCAAGUGGUUUGUCUAAGGCUCUCUCUACAUUGUCAGCUCAUAUCACUGUGGUGGUCUUAUUUUUUGGUCCAUGUAUCUUUGUCUACAUGUGGCCAUUUCCCACAAUGCCAGUGGAUAAAUUUCUUUUUAUUCUUGAUUUUGUUAUCACUCCUAUUCUAAAUCCUUCUAUAUAUACAUUUAGGAACAAAGAGAUGAAAGUUGCCAUGAGGAGAUUAAUCAUCCAACUAGGGAGCACCAGGAAAAUUUAA